AGUUAUCGCGUUCAAAUGGAGUUACUUUAGAUAUUAGUGUAAACUAAUCUCUCCGUGGUCGAAUUUCCCACCCCACUACAACUCUGAUCGCGAUGAAUCUUCUACAACUUUCGAUACUUUCACUACUCUUGAUCAGAGGUACUGCUGAGUUAAAGAUAACGACUACCAUCAGCAAUUCACGUCCACGCCUCGGAGAAACGAUAACGCUGAGUUGUAACAUUGCGGGUGGAACUGCCAACGAUGUAAAACCUGUAAGGUGGUGGCACCAGUGGCACUUCAUGUUCCCUUUCAAAAUGGUUACCGACGGUUGCUCUGUUGCUUCCAAGUGGUACCAAUCAAGAUUAACAAACAUUCAAUGUGAUGAGAAUAACUAUAAUUUUCAAUUAAGUAAUGUUCAACCUUUGGACAAUGGGCAUUGGUUUUGUGAGGGUGAUGGACAAGAUCCCACAGACUGGCAGAUGUUGGAUGUUUCAGGUUCUCCUGAUUAUACGGUAACGAAUACCAUCAGCAAUUUACGUCCACGCCUCGGAGAAACGAUAACGCUGAGUUGUAACAUUGCGGGUGGAACCGCCAGCGAUGUAAAGCAUGUGAGGUGGUGGCACCAGUGGUACUACAACUUCCCUCUCAAAAUGGUUACCGACGGUUGCUCUGUUGCUUUCAAGGGGUACAAAUCAAGAUUAACAAACAUUCAAUGUGAUAAGAAUAAUUAUAAUUUUCAAUUAAGUAAUGUUCAACCUUUGGACCGUGGGCGUUGGUUUUGUGAGGCUGAUGGACAAGUGGCCUCAAGCUGGCUGAGAUUGGACGUUUUAGGUUCUCCUGAUUAUACGGUAACGAAUACCAUCAGCAAUUCAAGUCCACGCCGGGGAGAAACGAUAACGCUGAGUUUUCCGCCUGAUGUUGAAGUCAAAAUCAGUAAGACAACUGUUAAUGAACAUGAAUCCGUGCGGUUUGAAUGUGCUACCAGCGGAGGCUACCCGGAGCGCAUAGAGCGGUACCAGUGGCUCUGGAAGAAGAGUGGCUCCACUGCGGAACAGGUUAUCCAAGACUCCGAGACCAGCACGCAGAAUGGGAAGCUUUUCGAGUUCGUGCGCAUACCAUACGACAGGAGUGGGACGUACUCGUGUAAGGCUUGGAAUCUUGGUGAGAUGGGACAGGCAUCGGCAGUCCUGACUGUGCAUUUUUCUCCUAGAAUAUACCCAGAGGCCAACAUGACGUAUGACGUGGUGGGUGAGAUAGGCAAGGAGGCAUCGUUUGAACUGUUCAUCAUCGCCAACCCGACUCCGGCAACAACGGGUUACGUCUGGUCCAAAGAUGACAACAUCCUUUCGAACUCAUCGUCCGAAUAUGAAAUUAUUUCCGGGCCGACGUCGAGCAAGUUGGCCAUCGAACACGUCAAAUCCUCCGAUUAUGGGAACUAUACGUGCUCUGUGAAAACGAGCAGAUUUCAAGUGAAAGUUUUCAAAUUUAAGCUUUUCAAACCAGGUCCACCCUCUGCACCCAGCAAACUCGAAGUUGUCAAUUCAACUGCCGUAGCAGCGACGCUCACAUGGAUCUCAGAAAUCAAUGGCGGGUCGGAGCAGAGAUUUUACGUCCAAUACAAGAAGUUUGCCGACAACUGGGACGUUGCCCCGGAGGUUCCUCAAGGAGGAAUAACUGAUCCAGGUCUCAAGAAAGCCGUGUAUCAUAAGAUUAUGGGUCUUGAGUCGAAUGUUGGGUAUAUAUUUAGGGUGCGCAGCAGGAACUCCCACCCGGGGACUCACACCAGUAACUUUAGCAACGUGGCUUCUGGGGAAACACCAGAAAAACCCAAAACGUCCCUCAUAGGUGUGAAUCGGAUAGGUAAAAAAGUAACCGUGGGCUGGGAACGAGUGACUGGAAAAUAUACGGGGCUGAAGAUCAAAUACUGCCAGACCGGCACAGACGACUGCAUGACUCACACCGUGCCUAAACAAGAGAAUACCUAUGUAACAUUUGUUGUUGAUCCCGAUAAAUCAUAUUAUUAUUAUAUGGUUGUCAAAGAUGGUGGUGAUGUUGUAUACAGGAGCAGGGUCGUCAAUGACGAGGUUGAUGACAAGACAAGCAUAACAGCUGUAGGCGGUCAUGUUGGAGCCGGCAUUGUAGCGAUAACAGGCGUCGUUCUGGCUGUUAUUUUAUGGAAACGUGGUCUACUGCGAUGGAGAAAGAGGCAGUGUCAUCGACCGGCAAAUGACAACGCUGAUUACGAUGAUACCAGGGUUGAAUUCACAACAGCCGGAAAUCGCCCUGUACACACCUACGCCAACAUUGAGACAGAUCACGUAAAUGAUGUGUUUGACCCUGAACGCUGGCAUGGACAAAUAAACCCACAGCCAUUGCCUACGGGGCACCGCGUUCCGGUUCACGGAGUCCAUGGGAAUGAGCCUGCGGAGUCCGACGAUGACGUAGACGCUGUCGUGGGUGCAUACGAUUACGCGACAUGGCAGCAGGGUGUUCCAGGUCAACGCCCAGUCCCUGCACCUCAGCAGAAUCAAACGGAGUGUGGCUCCUCAGACGAUGAGUCUGGGGAGUAUAUCUUAAGCGAUCCGAUAAGCGACCAGGAGGGACAGGAGCCUGAAGGUACAUACAAUGACCUACGAAUCCUCGUAGCAGACGCACAGAAAGAGCUAAGAAUCCACAAGGACGCGCCGCCUGACCAAAGUACAGCAGAGAGCAGUUCCAGACAAGCUAAUGGCGGCUCAGACGAUGAGUCUGGGGAUUAUAUCUUAUGCGAUCCAAUAAGCGACCAGGAGGGACAGGAGCCUGAAGGUACAUACAAUGACCUACGAAUCCUCGUAACAGACGCACAGAAAGAGCUAAGAAUCCACAAGGACGCGCAGCCUGACCAAAGUACAGCAGAGAGCAGUUCAAGACAAGCUAAUGGCUCCUCAGACGAUGAGUCUGGGGAGUAUAUCUUAAGCGAUCCAAUAAGCGACCAGGAGGGACAGGAGCCUGAAGGUACAUACAAUGACCUACGAAUCCUCGUAACAGACGCACAGAAAAAGCUAAGAAUCCACAAGGACGCGCAGCCUGACCAAAGUACAGCAGAGAGCAGUUCAAGAGCUAAUGGGUCCAAUGGGCGGACUCCAAGUCGCUCGAAUGGCGUCCAAGAGUUGGUUACAAGUCGUUCGAGUGACAAUAUGGUAAACGAGCAAGGGUCACUGUACGCGUAUUUAGAUCCAGUAGCGCCAGUAACGCAUGGAGAGUACUUGGACUUCAGACAAAGCCUAGUUCCUGCACCUCAGCAAAAUCAAACGGAGUGUGGCUCCUCAGACGAUGAGUCUGGGGAGUAUAUCUUAAGCGAUCCAAUAAGCGACCAGGAGGGACAGGAGCCUGAAGGUACAUACAAUGACCUACCAAUUCUCGUAACAGACGCACAGAAAGAGCUAAGAAUCCACAAGGACGCGCAGCCUGACCAAAGUACAGCAGAGAGCAGUUCAAGACAAGCUAAUGGCUCCUCAGACGAUGAGUCUGGGGAGUAUAUCUUAAGCGAUCCAAUAAGCGACCAGGAGGGACAGGAGCCUGAAGGUACAUACAAUGACCUACCAAUCUUCGUAACAGACGCACAGAAAGAGCUAAGAAUUCACAAGGACGCGCAGCCUGAUCAAAGUACAGCAGAGAGCAGUUCAAGACAAGCUAAUGGGUCCAAUGGGCAGACUCCAAGUCGCUCGAAUGGCGCCCAAGAGUUGGUUACAAGUCGUUCGAACGACAAUAUGGCAAACGAGCAAGGGUCACCAUACGCGCAUUUAGAUCCAGUAGCGCCAGUAACGCAUGGAGGGUACUUGGACUUCAGACAACUUAGUUCGGAAUAAUAGGUAUCAACAUCCCAAUAGGUGGCGCUGAUUAUAACUUGUGUGUGCGUCAAACAGACAACAUUCUCGUCUCUGCCACACCAACGAAAUACCCUAGUGACAGUCAGAGUCACGUCGCGGCUGCCGUGGCUGGUACCCUAUUAAGACCGAUCAGAACAUUUUUAAAGGGACACCUCUGUCGAGGUGUUUGUAUGUGCUUGUGACAUCACCGACGUACAGGUGGCGCCCGUGUAUAACUUGAUAUAUUGUAUUGUUAACGUAGUCUGUAGGGAAGGUUGUGACCGUCGUUUACGUCACGCCGGUUUUUAUUGGUACAGGACUCCGUCAAGGCCACAACAUUCCGCCCUACAUUUAUAAUCUCUUUCUCACGGAUUUAAUCCCUUUCUUCUAUAAGUACAUUUUCCUUGAUGAACAGAUGACGGGUGAACUAAAUUCUUAUAUUAUGAUUGCAGCAAAAACGUCCUUAACUCUUUUCGAAUGAGUGAUUUUGUAAUAUAUUUCGUUCAUUUUAGCACGGUAGAGUCAUAAUUGUAGUCGAGGGUCCUGACGUAAGCGACGGUCACCACCACUUCGGUCCUAUCAGUUGCAGAUAAUGAAUAUAUCCAUAGUCUGCAUUAUAUAUACACCCGGGAAGAGUCUAGCAGCCCUAGUGGUGGGGAUGUGAACCAAUAUCUCCAGUGAAGUAUCACUUCCAAAAAUAUAAGCUUCUAUUCAUUUAUAGCUUUGUAAAUAUGCUAUAUCGGUUUCAGAAUAAGAUGUUAAAAGCUAGGCAUUGCCUUAAAUUUUGCUGAUGACCACGAUUGAUAAACCAAUUGGGACUUGUAUGUU